AUGGCCAGAGACAUGCAUCCUUCAGUCUCCGCCUCAUGGUCCACGAUCUUUCCCAUAGUUCUAACUUUUAUUCCUACAAUUGUUCAUUCAAUAACACUACAAUCAGAUAUUGAAACCCUUCAAUCCCUGAAGAAUUCCAUUGAUCCAAACACGAUUCCGCCAUCAUCAUACCUCAGUACUUGGGAUUUUUCAGUGGAUCCAUGUGAAAGUACAGGGGCAAGAUUUCUUGGAAUUUUAUGUUCUAUUCCUUCGGACAGUUCAACAUACCAAAUAAUAUCACUUGAACUUGAUGGCGCGGGAUAUGAUGGUUUCCUGUCACCCAAUGUAGGAAACUUUACCGAGCUCACCUCCCUUGAUCUCAGCAGAAACCGAUUCAGAGGGCCAUUACCUGAUACUUUGAAAAAGCUCAAGAAGCUAAUACGAAUUUCCUUUUCUGGCAAUUUUUUCACUGGCGGCAUCGCCGGAUGGAUCUAUGGAUUGAAGAUGGUUGAAAGAAUAGACCUCUCAAGAAACCUCCUGUCCGGCCGGAUCCCUGCCAGGAUUUCUGAACUACGAAGAUUGACUCACUUGAGCCUGUCAAAUAAUGGAUUUUCAGGCAGAAUUCCUGACAUUAAUGGAUUAUGGCAGCUCCAGACAUUAGAGCUUGGCUCCAAUAUGUUGGUUGGAAGCUUGCCAAAAUUUCCUACAAGGUUGAGAACCUUGACUUUGUCCCACAACCGACUUUCAGGACAUAUUACACCAUUGGAGAUGCUUGAACAACUUAGAUCGGUAGAUGUGAGUGAUAAUAGGUUUUCAGGUUCCAUUGGAAAGGGAAUUCUUGCAUUGCCUCACCUGCAUCACCUCAAUGUUUCCUUCAACCAACUCAGAGCAAUUGAGGUGAACAAAUCUCGUGGGAGUGGGUCUCCACUUCAAGUACUUGAUGCACAAGGGAACCGCCUGCAGGGUCAUUUGCCCCUCGAGUUGGUCAACUUUGGGAGGUUAGAAAUAAUCAAUCUAGCCUACAAUGGAUUGACAGGUCGAAUCCCCGCAACGUAUGGGCAGAGACUGGGCAGACCAUGGAGAACCUUGUUUUUAGAUGAUAACUUCCUAUCAGGUCGUCUUCCGCCCCAGUUCAAUAGCAGCACGGCCACGAUCAGAGGCAGCCUUGCAAAUAAUUGCCUGAUGUGCCCGAUAAACAUCCCACUUUGCCGGGGAGGGCAGAGGCCAGCUUCAGGAUGCAUUGGUGAAACUGACGACAAUUGA